UGUGUGUGUGUUUUGUUGCGAUACAUGUUUAUUACUCAUGCUUACAGGUUCCCUCAGAAGCACUCGUCGCGGGGUGCAAAGGUGUUUUGAAACUACAAUCAUUUUCGGCGUUAAUUCUUACCGUAGCGGCAAGCCUAAAUUCGGGAAAAAGUAUCCUUAUUUGACCUUAAAUAGAUCUUCAGGUGUGCUCCAAUGGGCGUGGAAUUGUGCGUACGUCGAAACAUACCCUGUAGAACGUCGUGUGGUUCGUACGCUAUUUGAUGGUGAUGUUCGUGCGUUCCUGUACCGGGGGGGGGGGGGGAUGCACAGGUUUUGACCGAAAACCCGGGGACGCGGUGGCCGACUUCCAAAAGCGGUUGGAGGGUGCGGUUCCUCAGCUGGGCAAUAAAACUCAGCUGGGCAAGGCCAAGGAUAUGGAGCAAAACAAGGGAGGGAUGUGGGCGAAACUAGCAGCGGCUAAGGCGGGCGACCCACGGUUAGCCCCACCCAAAAACACAUACCUCAAGGCCAGUACGAAGAACGCCGAAUCACGAGGUGAUCGCCAGAAACCUACACGGCCGUGCCCAACCAACCCUCCUGACAUCCAAGUUGGUCAGAGUCACGCCUACGGCAGGUUCACGCCCAAAACUCUGACAAGGGGCAAGGGUGUGUCUAGAGUUUUCGGAGCUACACUUGCGGAUGUCCCUCUAUUUCAGUCGACCUCUACCGGUGUCCGACCCCAGAAAGGUCACUGCUUCCCAUUCCCUCACGAGGAUCUCCACAACCCUCGUGGCAUCGACGACGAAGACAAUGUCUUGAGAGAGGAAGCUGAGAAGGACUACUACAUGCUGCCUGACAACAGCGUCGCCAACCGCAUCACCAAGUUCCAUAAUUUCUGUAAGGAGAUGCCUGACGUCAUGUGCAACUACUGCAGCAUUACUUUGUACCCAGAAGACCUCAAAUGGGUUGCGAUCGAACCACCAGGCGAGGGUGCCCUUCCUGCUGCCUGCCGGGCGUCCGCGGCAAAUGCUCACGUGCCGGGCAUUGAAGGAUACACGGCCCGGUCAUCGCGGGUCAAGGACGGGCGCCAACAGUACGCUUUCUGUAGCAACCAUGCGUCUGAAGAGGGCCGACAAGAGUGGGUCUUCGACGACGUCGGCCCGGUUCCUGACGUCAUUGCGUGCCUCACCCCUCCUGAGCGUAGAGCUACCGCCCUUCUCAGGAUGCGCUGCUGCAUGUUCAAGGGAGGUGGAGGAGUCGGGAGUGGAUACACCAUCCUCAAGGGAGCGGCAGAGUACGUGCCGGCGGAUUUUGAUGGGUCGGUAGGGCAAAUAGCCAUUGAUUCGUCGAAAACGAAGGACAUUCGACCAGAAAAGGUCAACGCCGCUGUCACAUGGCUGGUGGACAACAAUCCUUUGGUUGCUAAAUACCUCACGGUGUGGGACACGCACAAGGACAAAUUGAGUCAGCCGUCCCAAAAGAUUGAGGACAGCACCAUCCCUGCUGGGUUCCCCACCAUCCAAUGUCCAGCGGGCAGGGCCGGCGAUACACCGUCUGACAUUCAGGGGCCCUCCCCGGACGAACGCGGGGAGGUUCUGCGGGCACUCCCUGUCUACUACGACCCUUAUACGGGCUUGGCGAAGGAUCGUGAACAUUGCAUGGAGAUGCUCAGGUCUGUUCAUCUCUUCCCCUUCGGCAAGGGGGGCUACAUGAGGGGUUCUCACGGGCCACAGGAGCUGCCUGCCAUGGACCAUGCGCGGUACGUCAAGAUGAGGUUGACACAGGUUGACAAGCGGUUCAGGGACCCUUCCGACACCUACACCUUCGCUGCCGUUGACGACAAGACCAAACAGCAACUGCAUCGAGCAAACACCAGAUCAACCACGUACAGCAACAUUGCGGACGCGGGUGAGGGCUUCAUGCAGCGGCUGGACGAGGCCACAAGGGCUGAGCGAGAGGUUGAAGACAACGAUGCCGUCGCUCGGGUGUGCCAAAAACAUGACAUCCCUCUGCAUUCCGGAAAAGACUGCGCACAAUGUUCUUCCGCGGCGAGAAAGUCCAGCGGCGUGCAGGCUUGCCAGCGGUGCCGUCACUUCCUCUCCGACGGAUUGCUUCAAUGCCCUCACUGCCACGGCCCGCCGACUAAACAAACUCGUGCCGGCGAAGAAGGAAAGCUGCCAAUGCUAGAAGGACUUGAGAAGGUGACGCAGUCUCUGCCCUCCCAAAUACCUGGGGGUAGCUCCUACUGGGCAAGUAGGCUUAACGAGCUUCUUGCCAUGGUCGACAGCAAAGACGUCGGGAGACCCGACCUGUUCAUCACGAAGACUUGCCACGAGGGGUCUGAUGACAUGAAGGCCCUCCUAAACUUCUACGGGUGUCCGCAUGCGUCUUGGCCCAGACACCAGGUCGAGAUCACGCGACACUGGCGGCGGAACAUCAUGGAAUGGCUCAAUCGGUUCGUCAAGGGCAACGACAGCGUCUUUGGCAACGUCAAAGACUCGUGGUUCAGAUUCGAAGAACAGGGACGAGGUAGCUUGCAUGUGCAUCUUCUUCUGUGGGUUGCUGAUCCGGUUACGCCAGACACGGGGCCCUCCCAAUCGCAGGAACCCCCCCCAUCGCAGCAGACGGUCGACGAGAACGGCGAUACCAUCCUCAGGUGCGUUACGACAGUCACGUUUCCAUGCAUUUCCUACGUCAACAUAGGGUUUCCAUUGCAUUCCUAACUCACAUCCCCCGGUGUCGCCUUCCAGAUGCACGCUUACAACGACGAACGAAACCAACUACAGCGUGUGCGUCUGCUUGUAAUCGCUUUAUCCACCCUCCAGGGAAGUCAACAAGCCGAGUGUUUGGGCCGUCGCGCGAGCACCUCGCGGAUCGCACCCUUUCAUCCAGAGGCUACGCUCAGCGGUUCUCGCUAUUAACAAGCACAAAAGGUGCGAUCCCAACGCUUGCGCGAAGAAGUGCAGCAAAGACGAGGACCUGCCACCACACCACCCGGACAAACGAUGCGCAAAGGGCUAUCCUUUCCCGCAGAAGGCGACCAAAGACUCCCCACAUCAAUGUGACG